AUGAAACUGCCCAAGAGCUUUACCAGGCGGAAAUCGUCCGGCAACGUUCUAGAGGAGGUGGAAUCUCCUCACCAAUCCUCCUUUCGAGUCUUUGAGCGCCCGGGGCCUCAUCGAUCCAUGACGGAUGGAGCAGCCCUGACCAAGCCGCUGAGUGAGGGCAACACGGUGCCGAUGACGGAGGAUUCUGAUAACAUCUUUGCGGAGAGGGAGCGACCCCUGGACAAGAGCCGUGGUAAUUACGAAAGCUCUACGUCAACUAGGCUAAGCUCGUCAUCCACCCUCCCAUCGUCCACCGAGGUCCCGCCGCCCGAGGAGACCUUAUCCCCGCAUUCCAGAAUCCAUGAUGUUCCAGCUCCCCCACCCCUCACGAGUGCGCUGCGUGCCGCAGGACGGACCUUCUCGUUCGGUGGUCGAUUCAGCAGGUCAGGACCACAAGUGCCUCGGCAACAAACACCAGAUGCCGCGAAGAAUCGCCCGGUGACGGGCAGCACCGACAGCACGGCCACUCCACCCAAGCUGCCCGAUACAGACUUCGCUCUCGGCUCGCAGGAUGACUUCAACAAGAUGUUUGAUAACCUGGGUGCUCGAGAGGGUUCGGCAAUACGGGGGUCAUCCCCUAAUCCGGGCAAGUAUUCCUCGUCUCCCCCGAGUCAUGUUCUGUCCGGGUUUCAAAACAGCAGAGCUGCCGCACCCGCUGCGAUUAAUACAGACCGAUCGACUACUAUUGAGUCACCCCCUUACUCCUGGGAUCGUCGCCCAUCCGAGGAGGGCCUGCUACGUGGCCCGCGUUCUCCGCCGCUGAAUCAGAGCCAGUCUACCCUCGAUACAGUUGUUGGUUUCCGGAAGUUUUCGCCGUCUCCCAAUCAGUUUGCCGAGGCUACUACUUCACAUCGUUCCUUAGAGCGCCCCCAGGGAUCGGAAAGGAGAGGACUGCGGAGGAGUGGGAUAUAUUCGGCCAAGGAAGAAUCCGGAUCUUUCGACGACGAAGAUGCCAAAAUGGUUCGACAGUCUGUCUUGUUCAGCAAAGAAAGCACGCCACCUUGGGCUGAGGGUAGCCCCUCCGGUGGAACCCCAUUGAUCGAUAAGGGCAAAGCACCUAAUUACUCUGGCCAAGUGAACCCAGAACCCGAUAAUAUGUUCCAAUACCGCCGUUCGCCCGCUCCGGCCGAGAGAUUGGACCCCUCCAUUGCGGAUCAUGCACGGUUGGCUGUGCAGUAUGCGGAUAGUCUCCCCAAGUCAUCCUCGCCGGGUAACAAGGUGAUGACUCCAUCUCAGUUCGAGCACUAUCGCCAGCAACAGGAACUUCGACGUUCUAAUAGCAAUGCGACUAAGAGCGAUGAUGAGUCCGACCAUGACGACUUUGACGACGAACAAGAUGAGGUGGAGAAGCAACGGGAGACGGAACGCCAACGACGAAGGCAGGAGGCUCAUCUCUCUGUGUAUCGUCAGCAGAUGAUGAAGAUCACCGGCCAGCAAGCACCCGUGCAAUCGCUACGCCCGGUGAUGAGUGGAGCUAGCAACAGCACGCCCAACUUGCUCCCCAGUCGCCUGUCUGCACUAGGCGAGAAGUCCACCAGUGGGAAGAGCAGCGAGGAAGAGGAUGACGAUGUGCCGCUUGGUAUUCUGGCCGCACACGGUUUCCCUGGUCAAAACCGCCCGCCAACCCGCCUGAACAACGUCAGCUCCAACCCCAACCUUCGUGCAUCCAUGCAACCGCCAUAUAUAUCAUCUUCCAACUCUGUUUCAGGUGCCGAUCCGAACGGCAGCCGAGGCAGUCUGCCACCUUUUGCAAGGAACUUGCCACGAGAUCCUUACUUCGGUGCAGGUUUGGUUAACAACGCCAACCGUGAAUCGUUGGCGUUCGGAGGUGGUUCGGUAUAUGGGGGAUCGUCGUCCCCCGCACCUCCCCCUGGAGGUCUUGUCGGUGUUAUAGCAAAUGAGGAGCGGGCACGGGCCUUGCGCAGAGGAAGCCCGAAUACACAAGCAAUGCAUGAAAUGGGAGGGGUGCCUCGGCCAUACUCGACAAUGCCGCCGCCGCAGCAGCAAAACGUUACCGCCGGGGAACAAGCUUCUAUCCAGCUGUCGCAGCAGAUGGCCAACAUGAUGCAGAUGCAAAUGCAGUGGAUGCAGCAAGUGAUGCAAAUGCAAGGUGGGCAAGGUCAACCUAUGAUGCAAGGCAUGCCUCCUAUGAUGAUGCCUGGUGGAGCAAUGUCCAUGCCUCCCAUGGGCCCUCCUUCUAUAUCGGGACCCCAGUCCAUGGCUGGCAAUCCGAACUUCCGGCCGAUGUCCAUGCCCGCAACAUCCUUUCUCAAUAUGCCGCCCUCGCUUCCACCCCAAGUCGAUCAGCGCACGAUGAGCAUGCUGGACCCUAACGUUUCAGCCCGUAGGACCGGCUCGCCUAUGCCGAAUCUGUCCGGCAAUUCCUUCCGGCCCAACACCGGAUAUGCGGCUUCAAUCGCUCCGUCGGAGCGCAGUACCGCGGGCAUGGCGCCUCGUUACCGGCCAGUAUCAGUCAUGCAGCCCGAAUCUAAUUACGCGGUGGCAUCCCCAACAAACAAACCUUUCGGUGACGAAAAUCACAAUCCGUCCAUGCCGAUGCCUCAGUCUCACAUUCCGAAAUCGCAUCUCGCAACUGUAACCGUCCGCCCUGUUUCACGGGAAAAUCAAAAGCCCGGUUCUGAGGACGAAGAUGACGAUGACGAGGCCUGGGCUGACAUGGCGAAGAAACGUGAAAAAAAGAAGAGCAGCUGGAAGAUGAAGCGAGGGACAUCCUCGUUCGGGGAUCUGCUGAGCGCCGUGCACUGA